AUGAUUCAAGACAAGUAUAUUGGUCUCAUCCUCGCCAUGAGUUCCAGUGUCUUCAUCGGUCUCUCCUUCAUUAUCACAAAAAAAGGUCUCAUGAAGACCCAAAAGCGACAUGGUACUUCUGCUGUUGAUGGCAAGCAUCACUAUCUUCGGAAUUGGACGUGGUGGGCUGGCAUGGGAACAAUGGCGAUAGGCGAAGUCUUGAACUUUUCAGCAUACUCGUUUGCACCGGCUAUUCUCGUUACACCACUUGGUGCACUUAGUGUGAUUCUUGGUGCUAUCUUUGCAUCCAUAUUCCUCAAGGAGACGCUGGGACCGAUUGGUAGAGUGGGAUGUCUCCUAUCAGUGGUCGGUGCGGUGGUUGUCGUAUUACAUGCCCCUGAAGACAAGAAUGUGACAUCGAUUGAUGAGUUGCUCUUUUACGCUCUUCAACCAGGCUUCAUGACCUACUGUGCUUUGGUUUUGAUCAUUAGCUUGGCAAUGAUUUACUUGGUGGUUCCAAAAUAUGGCCGUCGUAACCCAUUUGUCUACAUAUCCAUUUGUUCUUUGGUUGGAUCAGUAUCGGUCAUGGCAAUCAAGGCUUUCGGCAUUGCUCUCAAGUUGACGUUUGCAGGCAACAAUCAAUUCACUCAUCCAUCGACCUAUGCAUUCGGCAUUGUAGUUGCUGUGUGUAUUGUUACACAGAUGAAUUACUUUAACAAGGCACUGGAGCAAUUCUCGACCAAUGUUGUCAACCCCAUCUACUUUGUAUGCUUUACGACUGCCACCAUUGCUGCGUCUACGAUUCUCUUUCAAGGAUUUAAUGUUGACAGCCCUGUCUAUGUCAUUUCUCUUAUCUCUGGUUUCGUUAUCAUUUUCACUGGUGUAUAUCUUUUGGAUUCAAUUGCACGUGGCGCUGGCGCCCAGGAUGAAAUCACUUCGCAAGACGAGGAUGAGCAACGAUUAUUGAACGAACCUGGAUUUGAGGAUGCCGUUGGUUUACAUGACAUGCACGACGACGACUCGGAUUUAGAGGAAGGAUUGGUCAACCGUAGGGAAAGUGGACAACGCGUUCGAUAA